AUGCUGUCCUCCCGCGUUGUCGCCCGCGCUGGCCUUCGUGCCUCUUCCAAACUCCAGAUCUCCCGAUCCGUUGCUGUCGGUGGAUUGAGAACGUACGCUGCUGCCGCCGCCCAGGAUGUCCGGCCUCCUGUUGCUCUGUACGGCGUUGAUGGGACCUAUGCCAAUGCUUUGUACACUGCCUCCGCCAAAACCUCUUCCCUAGACCAAAUCGCCAAGUCCCUCUCACAGCUCGGCGACGUCUUCAAGAAGGACCCCAAGCUCACCACCGUCCUUAACGCCCCCACUCUCACGGUCAGCGACAAGCAAAAGAUCAUCCAGGAGCUGCAGCAGGUUGCCGGCAGCGACAAGGGCGAUAUCAUCAAGAACCUCCUCGGUGCUCUUGCUGAGCACAACCGAUUGGGUCUUUUGGAGGGCGUUAUUGAGAAGUUCCAGGUCUUGAUCAGCGCGCACAAGGGCGAGAUUGAAUUGAACAUUACCAGUGCUCAGGAACUCGACAACAAGACCAUCCAGCGCAUUGAAAAGGCCGUUGCCAAGUCUGAAUUCAGCGGCGGCAAGAAGCUCAAGGUUGUUGCUAAGGUCAACCCCGACGUAAUCGGCGGACUCAUCGUUGAAAUCGGCGACCGUACCAUCGACCUCAGCGUCUCCUCCAAGAUCAACCGUCUCAACAAAGCUCUCACCGAUGCUGUGUAA